GCUUUCUCGCUUAAAGCCUUUCACGUUGGAUACCCUUACCAAGGUAGAGGUCAUAUUUGCAGACGUUUUUGUAUAUAUAGCCUAUACUAAGAGGUUUGGGAUCAUUUGAUUAAUCUGAAUGUAUUAUGGAAUAUAAAAGAGGUUCCAUAUUGAGGCGAGGGCGAUGGUCCACCUUUGUCUUCCUGUUACUGACCGUCCAUCAGUGUUUCGGGGAUAUUCGCUAUUCCAUUGCAGAAGAAAUUAAACGAGGUUCUGUGGUUGGGAGCUUUUCUCAGGAUUUGGGCAUCGAUGUGAAAACACUGUCGACCAGAAGACCAAGGAUCGAAUUCGAAGGUAGUACACGAUACUGCGACAUUAACCAGAAGACUGGAGAUUUGAUUGUGAACGAGCGGAUGGACAGAGAGGAGCUGUGCGGACAAAAGCCGUCGUGUGCUUUGCAUUUUGACUUCUUUUUGGAAAACCCUCUAGAGUUGCACCGUGUCACACUUGAAAUCCAAGAUGUUAACGACAACUUCCCAACAUUUCCCAAUGAAGUAAUGAAAUUAGAGAUCAGAGAAUCGGCCAAUAAAGGAGAGCGAUUUUCCAUUGACGAGGCCCUCGACACAGAUACGGGAGUCAAUUCAGUUCAGGGUUAUACUCUAUCGGCAAAUGAACAUUUCACCUUGUCUGUUCACACAAGUGCUGAAACGGGUAAAUAUGCAGAGAUCGUACUAGAGCAUGAACUAGACCGAGAAAAGCAGGACGAACUAUCACUUAUUCUGACAGCUUAUGAUGGCGGAAAGCCACAGAAAUCUGGCACUGUAGUUAUACAGGUCCGGGUACUAGAUGCUAAUGAUAAUGUCCCUGUAUUUACGCAGUCUAUUUAUAAGGUGAGUGUGCCUGAAAACGCUCCACCGGGUACUGCUGUGGUCACUGUCAGUGCGAGCGACGCAGAUGAAGGGGCGAAUGGAGAGGUUACAUAUGAAUUUAGUCAUAUUUCUAUCAAAACCAAAAAUACUUUCUCUAUUGAUCCAAAAAGUGGAGAGAUUAAAACAAAAUCGAUGAUAGAUUUUGAAGAUACAUCGUCCUUUGAGCUGCGAGUUAAAGCUAAAGAUGGAGCAGGUCAGGCUGCUUCAUGUAAAGUUAUUGUUGACGUCGCUGAUGUUAAUGACAACGCCCCAGUCAUACUUAUUAAGUCAUUCAAAUCACCAUUGCCAGAAAACUCACCAGCCGGUACAGAGGUUGCCUUAAUUUAUGUACAGGACAGAGAUUCUGAGUCAAACAGCAAAGUAAGAUGUUCUAUUGAGCAGAACACAUACUUCAAAUUGUCCCCAUCAAUCAAAAAACACCUGUCCUUAAUAACUGCUGUGGAAUUGGAUCGUGAGACACAGUCCGAAUACAACAUCACUCUUAUUGCAACCGAUGAAGGAUAUCCUCCACUGUCAUCUUUUCAAACUAUUACGUUAAUUGUUUCUGAUGUGAAUGACAACCAACCUGUGUUUGAAGAACAAUCCUACAGUUCCUAUGUGACUGAAAACAACAAGCCUGGCUCCUCUAUGUGUUCUGUUACUGCCAGAGACCCAGACUGGAGACAGAACGGCACGGUGGUCUAUUCUCUAUUGCCCAGUGAUGUCAACGGUGUUCCGGUGUCCUCAUUUCUAUCCAUUAACGGAGACACGGGGGUGAUCCAUGCUGUGAGAGCAUUUGAUUAUGAGCAGUUUAGGAGCUUCAAAGUCCACGUUGUAGCCAGAGACAAUGGUUCUCCUCCACUCAGCAGUAACGUGACUGUGAGUGUCUUCAUAACAGAUGAGAAUGAUAACUCUCCCCAGAUAUUAUACCCUGCUCCAGCAGGGAACUCCUUGAUGACUGAGAUGGUCCCCAAAGCUGCUCUGGCGGGGUCCCUAGUUUCCAAGGUGAUAGCUGUGGAUGCUGACUCUGGACAGAACGCGUGGCUUUCAUAUCAGAUCGUGAAAUCGACUGAUCCGGGACUUUUCACUAUUGGUCUCCACAGUGGAGAGAUCAGGGCACAGCGGGACAUUUCUGAAUCUGACAGUAUGAAGCAGAACCUUGUUAUAUCAGUGAAAGAUAACGGACAGCCCUUUCUCUCUACAACCUGUGAUGUGUAUUUACUCAUAUCAGACAACUUGGCUGAAGUUCCACAACUGAAAGACAUGACUUAUGAGGAUAGUUCCAAACUUACUUCCUAUUUGAUCAUUGGUCUGGUCUCUGUCUCCACCUUUUUCCUGACUUUCAUUAUUCUCAUCCUGGCCGUGAGGUUCUGCCGCAGUAGAAAGCCUAGAAUGAUGUUUGAUGGAGCAGUCGCCAUUCCCAGCGCGUAUUUCCCUCCCAACUAUGCAGAGGUGGAUGGAGCUGGAACUCUGCGCAGUUCUUACAAUUAUGACGCAUACCUGACAACGGGCUCACGCACCAGUGACUUCAAGUUUGCAAGAUCUUACAAUGACAGCACGCUGCCUGCUGAUCUUACACUAACAAGAUGUCCAGAUACAUUACUAGAAGGGAGUAUCAUGUCGCUCAACACUGCAGGAGAAGCGAAUGAGGUAAGCCUUCUCUCAUCUGAGAUACCACCGUUUGUACCUGAGUUGUUUCGUUGUGGGAGAAUGGGUUAUGUAUGUGGAAAAUACAUUCUGGGCCUUAAUGGCUUAUGCCAUCCUAUAGAAACAGUAGGUCUAUACUCGGUUUAGAUGAUAACAACUUAGUAGGCUAAAAUGUGGCAUUUAUCCACUCAUUGUUUUGUUUGAUUGGUUGAGUUGCAAAGGUGCUCGCUGUUUCUUCUCUUCUCUGUGAGGAGUAAUUCACUAGGGGUUUGA